AUGUUGCCUUCGCCAUUGCAGCCGGUCAUCGAGAGGCACUUGGACCGCACGAAGGAUGCGGCCGCGCGCAUGUUGGAUGCUUAUAGCGUUCAGCGUCCAGACGAUGAAUGUUGUGCCUGUUACAGUGAGGAUCUCUUCAAGUCGCUCUGGGAAAGGUGCAGCGAAUCACCUGCGGAACCAUUCUUGGGAUAUUAUGUGAACGUAGUGUUCGGACGGCAGUGCUUUGACUUUCUUGAUCACAACCCUGACCCGUUGGAGCAGUAUGCCAGCAAUCGUAGGCCCGUCCGCAUGAGGAGAAGUUCAAUCACAUGGAUGCUCCCUUACGAGUCCGUUUAUGUCACAGGCCUGUCAUUCGCCUGUGACAUGCCGGAACAGGUUCACUGCAAGGCUGCAAGGUUCUUUGCUCACAGGAUGGUGUGA